GUCAUAACGUUAAUCAAGACUCAAGAUUCCGAAAGCACGGCGCACAACUGUAUUCUCGUGCUCCCGAAUUCGCUUCCGAUUUCUUCCUCGUCGGAGGGAGACCGCUAGAUACCCGAGGGUCUACAUACAAAAGCUACAAACGUGCUCAAUUGAGGAAAUGAUUCAACCCAGAAGAAAUUCCUAUUCUAAAGAACAAUUAAUAAACAAAUGUUCGAGCGGGACAAAAAUCAUAAAAGAGCAUCACGAGCAGCCAAUCCACAAAAGAGAAGCUCGACCACGCGCAUGAGAGAUCCUGAAUGCCCAAAGGGGCCUCCGGAAGCAUAUCGCUACGCAGUAUGUGACCUUAGCUCGUACCUGCAGAUCACAAGAGAAGGAGAAUUCAGCAGAGCGAGGUGUGUAAUCUCCAACGUUGUGUGGAUUGGAGGGCGAAGCUGCGGAUGCAACAAAGGUGUGACAACGAGAAUGAUUGUGCCCGUUCGUACCCCUCUUUUCCCCGCACAAACUCUUUUUUUUUAAGGCGACAGAAAGCGCGGGAAGCAAAAGGGCUCGUCACAGCAACCGUGUGACGCUUCACGUCCCCGUCCUUCCACGUCAACCGUGGAACCAAUCGCUGCAAGUCCCCAGCUUGUGAUUAUCCAUGUUUCUCCCAUUCUCGGUUCUAGCCAGCCCCUCCAGCUAGGCCCCCACUCCACGUGGCAUUCAGAGACGCCAAGGAUGGGAUUUCUCUCUUGUUGGUUUUCAGGUGCCAUCUGGUGCACAUGACAUGGCUUUUCCCAUACAUCACAUAAGAAGGUGUCUUCUCACCUCAAGUUUUCAAAACUUUCUCGUUGUUGUUCAGGUGGUUGGCCCCACGUAUUCAUGGCACAGUGUGCACUUUCCUAGGUUGUCGUCGUAAUACUUGAAUACUGGGUAAAAACUAUGUGCAUAAGAUAUACAUUUUUAAGUCAAUACGGGUCCACAUCAUCACGGACAUUUCUUCCUUUACUGCCAGAACUUUAAAUUUCGAGAGAG